AUGGCCAUUAGGUGGGGAAGGGUAGAGAUGGUAAGACUUCUCUGGGACUGUAUGGAUAAGUCUGGCAAUCUUGACCUCAACAAUGACGGCUCCGGAGAUAGCCCCUUCAUCGCCGCCGUGGCCCGGCUUCCCGAUAUUGCCCAUUUGAUGAUCGCCACGGGGAAAGUACAGAUUGAGAGUCGAAACACGAAUGGUGAUACAGCACUUACCAUCGCUGCACGCAAGGGAGAUAUUGCCUUGGUUGAAACGAUUCUUGCACUUGGUGCCGACCACUCCUCUUCAGAUUCCAGUCACAGGACACCGCUUUCCUUAGCUUGUGGAAAUGACCUAGACAUGCGAGGGAAAGACUUACUCGUAUCCCGGGAAGACUCAACUGACCGCUUGCGAACUGUCGAGAUACUUGUUUCACAGGGUGCGAGGAUCGAAGCUCCUGACGGAGAGGAGCAAACCCCCCUUCACCACGCUGUGAGAUCUGGGUAUAUGGGGAUUAUCAAAGUGCUGGUCAGCCACGGGGCAAAUGUGAACGCACGAGCCCAGAAUGGCAGCACUCCCCUUAUCUGGAAUGCCGAAGACACGUGGGACUUCGAGAUAGCUCGAUUUCUGGUAGAGCAGGGCGCAGACGUGAGCGCAUUUUGUGGACACGGGUUCAGUGCACUAUGUUAUUCUCAUCUCGCUAAGAAUCCUGUUAAACUCGCCCAGUUCCUCCUCCAGCAAGGAGCGAGCGUCGGUGAUCACCCUUGUUACCGCUGGCACAAUGUGGAUUAUGGCCACCGAAACGUGCUUCACCGCUCUGUCGAGUGUCCAGAGCUGGAACUGACAGAACUCUUUCUUGAUCAUGGGGCCAACAUCAACUGCAUCGAUAGGAUUCAUGGCACGCCCUUGAUGACGGCUUGCAACCGGAGUAGCUCGUUUGCAAUAAUAAAACUACUUGUUGACCGGGGAGCGGACGUCAACCUUGCGUGGGAAAGGGACCACUCUGCGCCUUUAGGAGCUGCCAUCGAACAGCGGUGUGGGCUAGAUAUAAUCAAGCUGCUUCUAGAUAAGGGAGCGGACCCUGAAGGCAAGGCUGGAUGGGGAUUGCGAGCGCUUCAUUCGGCUGUAUCUCUCAGGUCGUUUGAGACUGCCGAGAUGCUUAUACAAUAUGGCGCCAGUCCAGAUCGUCUUGACGACAGCAACCGAAAUUGCCUGUACUAUGCCGCGGAGUAUGGGGAUGUAGCAAUGCUGGAACUUCUGGAUAAGCAUGGCGCAGUGAUCGAACAUGCCUGCGGGCCUGAUGAUGAACUCCUGACGAACGCUUUGUUCCGCGGCUGCACUGAUGAGGGUCUUGAAUGGCUCGUGCGAAAAGGGGCUGAUGUAAACAAACAUGGAAGACACGGAGAAACAGCAUUACACAUGGUCAUGAGAGCGAGAGGCCUGCAAGUCAUCAAGACGCUUCUUGAUCACGGAGCCGAGUUCGAUGUGAAAAAUUUCAAGGGGGAGACUCCACUGGAUUUUAUUUCAUUGCGGUGCAAAUUGGCUGUUAAAGAAAAGGCACUGUCCAUCAACUGCGGAUCCGGUCGAUUAUUGUUGGAAUCAUCGUGGGUGGCUGAAUUGAGAAGUGUUCCCUUGUUGCUGAAAGUGCUAGACGUACUCAUUUCCUACAAGCAUGUGAGAGCUAGUCAUGAUUGGAGGGUGUAA